UAGAUCAAAUUUAUGAAGCAAAUCCUAACAUUACAGCAUAUUUUCCAAUUUUCCAUGGCGUGAAUACAUCUUCUAACCCCACAACAUUGGCAUCUCACCGGCAAGGAUCCCUCCCCGCCAUAUCAUGACCAACAUUUGUAAUUAGAUAGCAUUGUUUCGUUGUGCCCUUAUCAAAUGUCAAUGGCGUCUUCUGGAGCUUGGACGUACCGAGAUCGAACUUCCGAGUUCGAAUCUCUGUCCAAAACAUUGAAGAAGAUUGCAGGAACCACCGCUCCUGAUCAAUCACAACAGAAUUUUUCCGCUUCUACCUCAAAAUCACCAGCUACCCCGGAUCGAUCCCAAUUUAACAAGAAGGCUUCCAAAAUUGGGUUAAGCAUCCACCAAACCUCUCAGAAAAUUGAUAGGCUCGCCAAAUUGGCAAAACGAUCAUCCAUUUUUGACGAUCCAAGCAAAGAAAUCCAAGAAUUAACAGCUUUGAUAAAAAAUGAUAUCACGACACUUAACGUAGGUGUUUCUGAUUUACAAACCCUCCAAGAUAUGGAGGUAGCUGAUGGAACUCAUUCAAAAGAUAGAGUUGUUCAUUGUACUGCUGUUUGUGAUGAUUUGAAGACCAGACUAAUGGCUGCUACAAAAUCUUUCCAGGACGCACUAACUACAAGGACAAAGAAUAUGAAAGCACAUGAGGAUCGGAAGCAAAUAUUUUCUACAAAUCUCGCAAGAGAAAACCCUUUGAGGCAACCUCAAAAGACUGUAGCAGAGCCACCCCCUUGGUCAACUCCUCCAACAGGAGGUGGUCCAGAGUCAUCAGUGUUACCUGCAAAUGGGGUUCAGGCCAGUAAUCAAUUAAGGCGGAGGUUGGCUUCAGAUAAUCCUCCAUCUCACCAAAUGGAAAUGUCCAUGUUACAAGAAGUGGUUCCAAGACAAGAAAGUUACUCGCAAAGUAGGGCAAGUGCUCUUCAAAAUGUUGAAUCCACUAUUUCAGAACUGAGUGGGAUCUUCACCCAUCUAGCUACAAUGGUUGCACAGCAAGGGGAGCUUGCUAUCAGGAUUGAUGAUAACAUGGAUGAGUCAUUGACAAAUGUUGAAGGUGCACAAGGUGCUUUGUUGAAGUACUUGAAUCGAAUAUCAUCAAACAGAAACUCUUUUCCAUUUGAAUGAUAGGGGUGCUCAUUGAAUUUGAAGCUUGAUUAUUAAUCUAAAUUACUGGUAUGCCCAUUUGUAGUACUAAGUUGUAUCAGAUGACUACUUUCUGUUGCAUGUUUUCUCGCAUUAGAGUUUCAACUACCUGAAAUAGUUGGUUCAUAUGUCACCACCUCCAUGUUUGAUUUCGUAUUUCUAGCUCUGCAUAAUAAGUCAGCAAAAAACAAGCUAGUGCUGGGGGAAACUCGAUGGUCUAGAAAGAUCUCUUCUUGGGACCUUAUCUUGCAGAGUUGUAGGCUAAUGACAUUUUCUUUUAUUAGCAUAAGGCAACUUUGCCUCUCAUUUUCUGAUCUUGGGAUGUGAAAGCUAAAGUUUUUAAAGAUGGGAGAGAUGUUUCAGUCAUCA